GAAUGGGACUGGUUUAAGGAACGAUGCAAGAAAAGCUGCAACCUUUGCGGAACCAGCGAAUCCUCACAAGAGAUAACGGAUAAGGAGGGUACCGAGUCAACACAGGACGCAACCGAUGAGAAGGAUAGCGAAUCCAUACAGGAGUCAUCUGAUAACGAUGGUAGCGAGUCCACGCAAGAGACAACUGAUAACAAAGGUGGCGAGUCUACACAAGGGACGGGUGCGGAAGAAUGCAAGGAUGAAACGCCGAAAACAUGCGCUAAAUCUAAGGACAAAUAUUGUUCUGGUGUAUCUGAAUGGGACUGGUUUAAGGAACGAUGCAAGAAAAGCUGCAACCUUUGCGGAACCAGCGAAUCCUCACAAGAGAUAACGGAUAAGGAGGGUACCGAGUCCACACAGGACGAAACCGAUGAGAAGGGUAGCGAAUCCACAAAGGAGUCAACUGAUAACGA